UCUGAGACUCCUGGUUCCUGUCUGCCUUGUCUUCUCCAGCUUGGGGCCCCAAAUCUCCAUGGCAACGCUCAGACGCAGUUCUAAUCCAAAGGAGGAAGAUCUGGGAGUGGGAACCCACAAUGCAGUGAGGAGACCUGAGGAGCUGGUCUCCCUGCUCCUUGUGCCCUAGGCACUUACAGGAACAGCCAGGCCCUGCACCCCAGUCUCCCCAAAGACCCCCAAGGAGAUUCCAGGGUCUGCCCCCUGCUGGGCACAGACCAAGGAUGGCUUUUCUUUGGCAGCUGCCCCAGAGGCUGCUCUUGCUGGGGACAGCUGCUCUGACUGUGUCUGCCCUGGGGACAGGGGACCUGACGGACCUGUGCGGACAGACGUGGCAAGGGGACGCGCUGCAGCUGCGCUCUCACUCCGCUUCGCGAAAGUUCUACUUCGUGACUCCGGACACUGAUUGCGUGCUGUGGCUGCGUGCCGCGGCCCCUGAAGAUAGGAUGCGCUUCCAGUUUCGCUUCUUCCUGGUCUACAGCCUGUCCUCGGCCACCCGGAUCACAGCAACCACCCUGGCCACCGCAGCCACCCUGGCCCCCAAUGCGUCCUCGCCUGACCCGUGCGCACCCGGCUCCUACUUGCAGUUCUACGACGGCCCGCAGGGGGCGCCCCGAGCUCUGGGACCCCCGACCUGCGGCCUGACCAUCCCAGCCCCUCUCACGUCCUCUGGACCUUGGCUUGGCCUGCGCUUGGUCACCAGGGGCCGCCAGCCCCGUGUGGACUUCUUGGGCGAGGUGACCUCUUUCCGCUUGGGGUCUUGUGGCACCUACUUCCGCUGUCGGAAUAGCAGGUGUGUGCCCCGGAGCCUGCUGUGUGACGACUGGGACAUGGACAACUGUGGUGACGGCAGUGACCAGGACUCUCAACCCCCAGCCAGCUGCAGAGAUCCCUCUCUGGUACCCAAGCAGACCCUGAGAAUGGAAGAUGACAGUUCCAAGCCUCGGACUCUCCUCGUGGCCCUCGGCUCUGCAGCAGAGAGGACCUCUCCAGCAAGCCUGGCACCCACCACACAGGAGGUGACGGAAGGCGCCUGGAUCUGGUGGGUGGCUCUGGCCUCCUCGAUGCUAUUGGCCUCCACUGGCCUCCUCUGGUGGUACUGCUGCUGCCCAGGUUGGCUGGUCUGGCACCCAGGUGCCCACAGGCUCGGCCACAGAUGCUGCACAGCCUACAAUACUUGCCACCUAUGUCCUGGUCGGGUGGCUCCUGGGGAUCUGUGGCUGAACUGGCCAGCUUUCCAGAACCAGAGAGGCCAUCCUUAGGGGGCUUAGUUAUCAGAUGAGCAGGCUCUGGGGUCUG